UGAAGGCGGCGCGCUGCUCUGGGUUGACGCUUCUAUAGGAUCUUUGCUGCUCUGGGUGUGAGGGGAGAAGCGGCCUGGUCAGAAUCAAAGGUCCUAUAGGAUCCGAUAGGAUCUUUGGUCAGAAUGAUUCACAGUCUGUUCCUCAUCAGCUGCGGUGGCGACAUCUUCCUAGAGAAACACUGGAAGAGCGCGGUGAGCCGCUCGGUGUGUGACUAUUUCCUGGAGGCACAGGACAGGGCCGGACAGCCGGACGACGUGGCGCCGGUGCUCGCUACCCCGCACCACUACCUGGUCAGCGCCCACCGCUGCGGCAUCUUCUUCGUGGCCGUUAUCCAGUCCGAGGUGUCGCCGCUCUUCGUCAUCGAGUUCUUGCAUCGAGUGGCGGAGACGCUGCAGGACUAUUUUGGAGAAUGCUCAGAGGCAUCAAUUAAAGAUAACGUUGUGAUUGUGUACGAGCUCCUGGAAGAGAUGUUGGACAACGGGUUCCCAUUAGCUACUGAAUCCAAUAUAUUAAAAGAACUGAUUAAACCACCCACUAUUCUUCGUUCUGUUGUUAAUUCUAUUACGGGUAGCAGUAAUGUGGGAGAUCAACUUCCUACUGGUCAACUGUCCAACAUUCCUUGGCGGAGAGCAGGUGUCAAGUAUACAAAUAAUGAGGCUUAUUUUGAUGUUACAGAAGAAAUUGAUGCCAUCAUAGAUAAAUCAGGAUCAACUGUCUUUGCUGAGAUCCAGGGUGUUAUCGAUGCUUGUAUUAAGCUCACUGGAAUGCCAGACCUCACCCUUUCCUUCAUGAACCCAAGGCUGCUGGAUGAUGUCAGCUUCCAUCCGUGUGUCCGUUUCAAACGAUGGGAAACUGAGCGAGUUCUCUCAUUCAUUCCUCCAGAUGGAAAUUUCCGUUUAAUGUCUUACCACGUCAGCUCGCAAAACUUGGUGGCAAUACCUGUUUAUGUAAAGCACAAUAUUAGCUUCAACAACAAGGGAUCCACAGGACGGUUUGAUAUAACAAUUGGCCCAAAACAGACCAUGGGAAAGGUGGUGGAGAGUGUUCUGGUGAUUGUUCACAUGCCCAAAGGGGUGCUCAAUAUGACCCUUACUGCAACACAGGGCAAUUACACGUUUGAUCCAGUCACCAAGGUGUUAAUCUGGGACAUUGGAAAAAUUAUCUUGCCAAAGUUACAAACUCUUAAGGGAUUGAUUAACCUACAGUCUGGUGCACCAAAGCCCGAAGAAAAUCCAACACUCAAUGUCCAGUUUCAGAUCCAACAACUUGUUGUAUCAGGUUUGAAAGUGAAUCGACUGGACAUGUACGGAGAGAGAUACAAACCAUUUAAAGGUGUGAAAUAUGUCACUAAGGCAGGAACAUUUCAGGUCAGAACAUGAAAUAAUAAGCUGCACAAUAUUGUCCUGAAAUCAGGUAUUCAUUCACCAAGCAACAGCAUCGUUCUUGAAAAACUUCACCAUUUUUGAAUCAAACAAUAUCAAGAUUCCCAAAAUGUUGAUGACACAAAAGGAAAUGAUUUCAUUGGGUUUAUUAACUGCCUUAAUCACAAUAUGUUAACUGAAAUAUUAAACUAGUUUUAUUUAAAGAUAUUUGAAUUUUUUCUAUAGCUCCAUUAUUUCUUCAUCAUUCUUUUUCUUCAUUAACUAGAGCAUGUAGGUUUAAAUGCAAAAAAAAUCUGUUCCAGUUGCCAGCACGUGCAGUCUCAUAUCACCCUGUAGAUUUAAAUAUUCUCCUUGAUCUCUAUAACAAUAAAUGUUUAAUCAUAGAUAAAUUUCGGAUAUUUGCGUGUGCCUGUCUCUGACAAAUAUAAACGUGCUUAACAAUCAUUACUGUAAAAUACUUUAUUUGAUUUUAACGUACCCAAUAGCAUUCGGGUCAUUGCAAUGUUUAUAACUAACUUUAGUACAUAUUUUUACGAUGAAUUGUAACCGAAUGGUUUGAUUGUUUCAAUAAAGUUACAUUUCCAUUUUC